UUUGUUUGAAUAGGUCGCAAGCCAGAUUGGUCUUGUGUUUUCCGACUGUGAAAGAAAACGGGCUUUUCUCGUGGCAGCCAGCAACUUCCUCUGGAGACAAACAUUUUCCAGGAAAGCUUGCGUUAAAGGCUGACCCUUGAGCACAGCCUCUUCCUGAAAAUCCCCGUCCACACAAAUGCAGGAAGUUCAGAGAAACAAGACCACAUUGCUAACUUUCCUGUAUCAACUGGUCUGCUGUUGCUCUAACCACGACAGCACUUGAAGGCUGCCAACAGGAAGCAUAGUUGUGGGUCCUUGCUAAGAAAUAGGGUGAUGAUGGGGGCCCCUUGUCUGAUGCACAGCGUUAAAGAUUUAAUUCGUUGAAAACACUUGGAGCGCCUGUGCCACAUGAUGAUGAAAACAUCUGCGCUAGCUUUGGAAACCGGACUCCCUCCAGGGACGGCCCCAGAAGAUUAUGACCAGGGUGGCCAGGCCUGUGAACCUUCAUCUCCCAGGAAUCAGCCUCUCAUGCCUGGAAUCAGCAUCCUGGAGAAACUCAUCAAGACCUGCCCCGUGUGGCUUCAGCUAGGCAUCAGUCCUGAGAGAGCCUCCGAGAUCCUGCAGCGAGAGGGAGCUGGGAUUUUUCUGGUGAAGAAGAAUUUGAAUCUCAAGAAAAUGGUUCUUUCUGUUCGUUUCCCAGACCAGAAUGGAGCGCCACACAUCCAAGACAUUCUCAUCAAAGAAGAAAAGACAUUGCUCUAUCUGGAAGGUUCUGUCCUUGUGUUCGAUGACAUUUUUAAAUUGGUUGCCUUCUACUGUGUCAGCAGAGAUGUGCUGCCGUUUACUCUAAGCAUACCCCAGGUAAUAAAAGAGGCAACGAAGUAUGAACAUCUUGAGACUGUAUCAAGCCUUGGAUCAGAUUUCUGGGGUUCUUCCCUCAACCGAAGAGUUGAUGUUAUCAAGGGCUGUACCCUCAACAGCAGCAACAGUAGCCUUCAAGCUGGCCAGCAUUUCUCUAAUGAUGCAAGUCAAUGCUCAUGUGAGAUUGAGCUGUCCAUAGGAAAUGACAGGCUGUGGUAUGUAAAUCCUAUUUUUAUCGAAGAGUAUUGCAACAGCCUGCCUUCAACUGCACCUAUUACAAGAAGCCUGACUACUCCAAAUUCAAUGCAGCCCAGAUACAAGAGACCUCCUCCCAUACCGCCCAGAACUCGGACAGCAGGAGAGCUGUUUCCUAGCAUAAGGGAAGCUAAGGACCCAACUUCUACAGUUCCUAGCCCACAAAGGGAAGAGGUGAAAAUUGGGCAGAAUGAAGAAGGAAGCAACAGCGUGACACAAAUGGCUGCGAAGAUGGAAAGCAGCGUGGUAGAAAUCAAGCCCCAAAAUAAUUUUCGGAUACCUCCAGUUCCUCCAAGAAGGCGAUUGUCUGAAAAGUUCUCUGAAGAGGCUGCUGUCAAAGAGGAAAUUACCCUGUUAGUGGAGAAUCAAGGUGAUCAAGUACCUGUUGCUACUUUGAUCAGUAUUGAAGCCCUGCAAGAGACUGUGGAAAACAUCCCUUCUCCCAAAGGAGAGGAACUGUCUAAGUCAAGCCCAGUUAAGGAGCAGCCUGCUGUUGCACAACCUGAAAGUGUUCCUCAAAACAUUCAGGCAGUCCAGCAGACAUCUAAAAAAACAGCCCCAAUUCCCCCGCCAAGGAGGAAGAAACAAAUGAUGGCCAGUGCAAAGGGACUGAAUUCAGAGACUUCAAACUCAACAGCAACGAAAGAGCCAUCACAAAACAAACUAAACGUCUCUCCUAAAAGCUCAAGCACCCCUGCUCUGACGCGGAGGUCCUUGAAUUUGGUCGAAGUCAAGGUUUCAGACACCUCCCUCUACUCACCAGAAGGAAAUCCACCUUCUUUGGACCAUGACUCUUAUUCCACAAGCAGCACGGAAGACGAUUUUGAGCACAGACCUGCGUAUCCUGUGAAGAGACAACCCACCAUCAUGCUGGACAAGGCCAAGCAACGCCUCUCCAUGGUCAGCCUUCCCAACAUGUUCACCAUCUUCCUGUCUGCUGACCGCAAGAUCCAGAAGAAGAUCAUAGAGCUGGCACAGGAUAAGGACUCCUACUUUGGGAACCUGGUGCAGGAUUACAAAGCCUUCACCCUGGAAAGUAUGAAGAAACAUUCCUCCAGUACUGAGAUGUUGCAGGAGAUCCGGCAGAUGAUGACGCAGCUGAAGUGCUAUUUAAUACAGAGCACAGAGCUGCAGGGACUGGAGGAGACUGCUGGUUAUUCCGACGACAGAUUAGAAGCUGUCAUUGAGGCUGCGUUGUGCAAAAGCGUCCUGAAACCUCUAAAGGAGUCCAUUUACACAGGCUUGAAGGAAAUCCAUACGAAUAAUUCAUCUCUGAAGAGUCUCAAGGAGAACCAGCAAGUCGUUCUCAACACCACCACUACAGACCUGGGGGUGACCACCAGUGUGCCGGAGACCCCCGUCAUGGAGAAGAUCCAGCAGAAGUUUACAUCCAUGCACCAGGCCUACUCCCCAGAGAAGAAGAUAGCUACCCUACUGAAGACAUGCAAGAUUAUCUACGAAUCCAUGUCCAUAGGAUGCCCAGGGAAGCCGCAUGGUGCUGAUGAUUUCCUGCCAGUGCUGAUGUACGUCCUGGUCCGCAGUAACCUGCCCGCUCUGCUGCUGGAUGUGGAGUAUAUGAUGGAGCUAAUGGACCCCACGCUGCAGCUCGGAGAAGGCUCUUACUAUUUAACCACCACCUACGGUGCCCUGGAGCACAUUAAGAAUUAUGACAAGCUGGCAGUCACUCGGCAGCUCAGCCUGGAGGUCCAGGAUUCCAUUCACCGCUGGGAGCGCCGCAGAACUCUGAACAAGGCCAGAGUCUCCAGGUCGUCAGUGCAGGAUUUUAUCAACGUCUCAUUCAAUGAAGCAGGAUCCAACACGAAGACUCUGGGGACACGGCCAGACACCACGGCUCAGGACCUGUGUCGACAGUGUGCCGAGAAAUUCGAGGUCCCGGAGCCUGAGAGGUAUGGGCUCUGUGUGCUGGUGGAUGGGAUAUACCAACAACUGGGUCCACAGGAGCUGCCUCUCGCAGUCAAGGCCAUGUUCCACCACAGCGAGCCCAGGAAAGAGUAUUAUUUUGUAUACAAGCCUGUGAGCCCUGAGGAGUGGAAAAACAUCAAACCACCACUCAAAACUGAGAGCUUGAUUUGAGGACAUUCCGUGAAAGGAAUGGCUGUUUUUGGCCUCUGGUUGGUGUGAAAGAAAAGUUCUGGAGAAGUCGACAACCAAAUUGAUCUUCAGAACGUCUUCAGAUUCAAAUAAUCUUGUUGCAUGUCUUUUAUGAAGCCGGCCAGAAGGUGGAGUUUACUGACUACCAUAGUUGACUUAAUGGAUUGCUGAAGUUGUGUUGCUUGGUGAUUGGCAAAUAGCUUUAUAUUUGGUUCACAGUGGGGUGAAAGGCAUAUCUUUCAGCUGAUGUUUACAUUUAUUUACAAUGGAUAUUAUAUUUUGUCCAGGUAGGUCUUAUAAACAUUUACACAGUUUCAUCUUGGUUCUCCUUUUGUGGACAUUUUAAAAUCUCUGAAGGAGGAUAUUCAUUUUUAAGUAAAAUUUAAAGCCUAAUUACUUUGUGAGCGUGAACUAUUAGACCUCAAAGCCGUUCAUAUCCAUAGCCUUUUUAAUAUUUUUGGUUAGUUCUGUAUUUAUCUUUUUGUACUACCAUUUUUGUAUAAAUGUAUAUCUGCAAGUAUACGUUCUGUCUUUUGGAUAAGAUGCAAACUGAGGUCCUAUUGUAAGUGACUAGGCAGCUGCAGCUGUUGAUGCAUUGUUCACACCCUAGUCUCCAAGUCGG